AUGGCACAAAUCCGUGGCACUGCAGGCUACAAUUUCGGCCACCAGAACCCCUUUGGGGGUCCUGGUCGGGUAGAGGCAACGAGCGAUCCCAGUCCCCUGGAUGCUGUCCGCGAACAGACGAGCAAAAUUGAGGAUUGGCUGGACACCAUGUCCGACCCUGUCAAGCCGUAUCUGCCAGCCAUUGGUCGCUUUCUGAUCGUCGUCACCUUCAUUGAGGACAGUCUACGCAUGAUUACCCAAUGGAACGACCAACUCUUGUACCUUCGUGAUUACCGGAAGAUUCCCUGGGGAGUCACGCAUACCUUCCUUAUCGUCAACAUGAUCGCAAUGGCAGCUUGCUCGUUCAUGGUCAUUGCCCGUAGACACACGGAGUACGCUGUUGGCGGUCUCUUGGCUGUCGUCAUUGUUCAGGGUCUCGGUUACGGAUUGAUCUUCGACCUCAACUUCUUCCUCCGCAACCUGAGUGUCGUCGGUGGCUUGCUCAUGGUUCUCUCCGACUCGUGGGUGCGCAAGAAGUUCGUCCCCGCCGGUCUUCCCCAGCUCGAUGAGAAGGAUCGCAAGAUGUACGUCCAGUUCGCUGGUCGUGUGUUGUUGAUCUUCCUCUUCAUCGGGUUCGUCUUCUCGGGCCAGUGGAGUCUCUGGCGCAUCAUCGUCAGCCUGUUCGGCUUCGUCGCGUGUGUCAUGGUCAUUGUUGGCUUCAAGGCCAAGUGGAGUGCGAUCAUGCUGGUUGUGUUGCUGAGUGUGUUCAACGUCCUGGUCAACAACUUCUGGACUCUUCACCCCCACCACCCUCACAAGGACUUCGCCAAGUACGACUUCUUCCAGAUCCUGUCCAUUGUCGGAGGUCUUCUCCUCCUGGUCAACAUGGGCCCCGGCCAAUUGAGUAUGGACGAGAAGAAGAAGGUCUACUAA